AUGGAGAAAGAUGAGCCUCUCGUCGAACACUGGGACCCACACGAAUGGCUGAGGGACGAAGAUGAAGCAAAGCCCACGCGAGGUGCCGACACUGCCAAGCGAAGACGAAUCGAACGCGUGCGGCCGGCACUCCCCAUCGUCGAGCAUUGGGGCCUCGAUCCCCUGUUCUGGACCCACGUGAAGCUCUUCAUCGGGGACGCACUGACCAACUUGCCAUUAUCGGAACCGGAUGCAACAGAACCCUUCAACCUCAACGGCCACCCUGUGACGCGCGUUGCGGUGAUGGGCAUUAUCGUUGAGGCGCUGCCACGGCCGAGGCACCUCGCCCUGUCAGUUGAUGAUGGGACCGGUCGCAUUCAGUGCGCCUACUACGCCAACAGCGUGGACGAAGGCGGCGUGCCGUACUCUGACCUGCAGGUGGGCUGUCUGGCCAGCAUUCAAGGGAAGCUGCACCACUUCCGUCAGCAGCGAUCCAUCGCCAUCUAUCGCAUCGGCAUUGAAGAGGAUCCCAAUGCGGAGACGCAGCACAUGCUCGAUGUCGUCCGGCUUGGUGAAACAAUCUACCAACGACCUUCUCCCGUGUCCGCCUUCUCCAGGAGUGGGUGA